AUGGCAGGUGUCUGGUUUUGGUGCCACGUUGCAGUACGUUGGCAUCAAAAUGAAGUCCACGCCCUUGUCGUUCAUUGUCUUGAGCGGACCGGCAACAACAGGGAACCCGUCGUUCUGGCCACUCGAGUGCGCAGUCAUCAUGCCCAACAAUGGACUUCUUCCGCCCGUGCAUCUGAUACCCCACACGCCGCAGAACGCUGCCGGGGCUCUGAUGGACCCUCCACCGUCGGAGCCCAGGCCGAACGCAGAGCCCUUGAACGCGGUGAUGGCACCCUCGCCGGAACUCGAGCCUCCAGACGUGAGGUUCGUGUUGAAAGGGUUUCUGCACACACCGGUGAUGUUGUUACGGGAACACAGGUGCAUCAAGCUCUGUGGCUCUGUUGUCCGGAUAUAGAAGACAGCACCCGCGUCCAGCAACAGUUUGGCCGAGUGCGACCAUUCUGUGGUGACGUUCUCGAUCAGACCAACGUAUCCAGCGUGGGUGACCUUGUCCUUAUAGGCAUAGUGCUCCUUGAUGGAGAUUGGGAGCCCGUGCAAAGGACCGACGGUUUUGCCGGUCUUUUGGUAGUACUCAUCGAGCUCCUUGGCUCUCUCGAGUCCUUCGUCAAUGAAGAGCUCCAUGGCGCAGUUUACGAGCUGGUGGCAGGCGGUUGCACGCUUGGCGAAGGCCUUGAACACCUCAACAGCAGUCAGUUUUCCGGAAGCAAUCUCGGAAGCCAGCUUGGUGGCGGUGGUCUCCGUGAUGGCGAACUCUUCCUUGGACAAGAACUUCUUGGCAAUCGGGGUGACGUCGAGUCCAAGCUCGGUGGGGAUAAGGUCCUCCGGGAGCUUGUACUCGUCCAAGAUAUUGUCGGCCAAUUUCUUGUUGUACGCCUCGAUUUUCGGCUUGAAAGUCUCAAAAAGAGCAGGGUUCUCGGUGUCGUUGGUGUAAGGUCCGUAAAGAGUAAGGUUCAUGGUGAAUGGACCCACAAUUGGUGGACUAACUGUGGUUUAAAUACGCCAAUACCAAACCCCUUCAUAUCAGAAAAGUUAUCUGAUACCCGAAUUUUUGUUCCCAAAGCGGUAACUGAUAAAGCCGGGAUCAACUUGUUAUCACGCGAGACUUGGACACCAUCCAGCAACCCCAUGCGUGAAAUUGACUACUCUGCUGUUCCCGGAACUUCUCACCUUGUUGAUCUGGACAAGUCUGCCCAUGUGGCUGAAACCAAGACGGGAAUCGUGCUGAUUCCCGAGCCGUCCAACGACCCCAACGACCCGCUUAACUGGAGCAAAGGCCGCAAGUUGAUGCACGCCUUCUGUUUGGUGGUUUUCGUGUUUGGCGGUGGUAUUCCGUCGUGUUGUAUUUAUUCCAUUCUCACGGAAAUCUCCGACUACAGUGGAAUUAGUCUUUCGGACUUGAACAACGGUACUGGUUACUUCUUUUUGUUUCUUGGUCUGGGAAACCUGCUGUUGAUGCCGCUGGCCCAACAGUACGGAAAAAGACCCGUUUAUUUGGUGUCUACGCUUGGUUCUCUGGGUUUCAAUCUCUGGCUUACCUAUGUCAAGGGUAACGGCCAAUGGAUUGCCGCCAAGAUCCUCUGUGGAAUCUUGCAGGCUCCUGGUGAGUCGUUGCCGGAGAUCUCUGUGGGUGACGUUUGGUUCGAGCACGAAAGAGCAACCUAUAUGGGGGUUUACAGUGUUGCUCUGUUUGGGUCGAAUUAUCUGGCUCCAAUGGUGGCAGGUUUUAUUAACGACUCAUUGGGAUGGAAAUGGGUGCUGUGGCUCGCGUGUAUCUUCAACGCGGUGUGUUUCGUGUUUCUGUUCUUCUUCCUUGAGGAAUCCAACUACUUCAAGCCCCGUCAUCCUAGUGGAGCCGUCAGUGAAGAUUAUGCUUCUGGCGAGAAAACUCACGCCAAUGUCGAGGUAGUCACCAUGGAAGACGUGCCGCUAAGAACGUUCUGGCAAAGACUGUCGCUCACGUACGGCGUGAACCCAAAAAAUAACCUCAAGGACCAUUUCAUGGGCGCUUUCUACAUGGCCCAGUUCCCUGCCGUGCUUUACGCUGGGUUCCUGUACGGGGCCUCGUUAUUCUGGUACUCUGUGUUGAACGCUACCGAGGCACUGGUGUUGGGCGGCGAGCCGUACAACUUCUCGCCCGCCAUGUGCGGUCUGGCUUACGUGUCGCCCGUGAUCUUUGCUCUCAUCAUCUACCCCUACGCUGGCUGGUCCACCGACUACAUCAAGAUCUGGUUCGCCCGCAAGAACAAAGGCAUGUCGCAGGCAGAGGACCGGUUCUGGGUGCUUGUUCCGUACAUGAUUCUCGGCCCGGUGUCGCUGAUUUUGUGGGGAGUCGGUGCUGCCAAGGGAAUCCACUGGUUUGGAGUCGUUUUUGGGCUCGGACUCAUGGCCGGUCUAUGUACCAUUGGUUGUGUUUCGUCGGUCACCUACAUCGUGGACUGCUACGAGGAAAUGACCUACAGUGCUAUCACCGUGGUGAUUGUGAUCCGGAACGUGAUGAACUUCGCCAUGGACUACGGUAUCACGCCGUUUGUCACCAACGUUGGUCUCCAAAACUGCUUUGUGGCUUCCGCAUUCAUCUGUCUGUUCUGUUAUUUUUUUUUCUUCACCUCUCUGCCAUUGGAAAAUCCGUGUCUUUUCUUCUUCCCCAUGUCUCUCGACAACCUGGACGAGUUGCAAUGGCGCUCGCCCGAAUGGGUCAAUGCGUUUGGUCUCCGCACAGACAACGUGCUGGAGUACUUCUCCCAGUCGCCGUUCUUCGAUAGAACCUCCAAUAACCAGGUGCUCAAGAUGCAGAACCAGUUCACAGACACAAACUUCUACAACAAGCCGUACGACCUGCUGUUGCAGGACCUGCGCAAGAUGCGUGGGAUCGAGUUCGUGAUCGCCAUGGUGCGCGAGCCGGACUUCUGGAUCAUCCGCAAACAAAACAGAACGUCCGAGACAGAAACAGACACGCUUGCCGAUUACUACAUCAUCGGGUCGAGCGUGUACAUGGCCCCGGUGACGCACGCGGUGCUGUCGAGUCGGUUUCUCGCCAGCGUGCUCAGUCUACGGAACGCCAUUGGCGAGCUACAACAUCUGCCGUCGUUUUCGCCGUCCAACGGCCACCAGUACCUGCUGCAGACGGGCGACGCGCUGGCCGCCCCCACCGCAGACACCGACACCGCGCGCAUCCCGGACUCGUCUGCCAACGCAUUCAGCAACCUGCUGAACCUGUCGCUGCAGAACAACGCCGUGGUGCUGGAGACGAUGCCGGUCACGGGCAUCAACGAGUCUGCGCUGGUGGCCGAAAAGACAGAGGGUGUACCGUACAGCACCGGAUUCGGCAAAUCGAUGUUCAGUCUCAGCGGAAUCCUCAAGCCCAAAACGCCGGCCGUGCCGCAGCUCGAACCGUUGGAGCCCGUCAACGGCAAAUACGACCAUCUGUUGCCCAUCGUCUGGGUCGACUGUGAAAUGACCGGACUCGACCUCCAGAACGACCAUAUCAUAGAGGUCUGCUGUCUCAUCACCGACAAACACCUCCGGCUGAUCGACGAGACCGGCUACGAGGCCGUGGUUCACUACCCAAAGGAAAGAAUGGACCAGAUGGACGAGUGGUGUACAUCGCACCACGGCGACUCGGGACUCACCCAGAAGGUGAUCGAGUCUUCCAACACGGUCGACCAGGUCCAACAACAGCUCACAGACUACCUGGGCCGCUACAUGUCGAAAGGAGUGGGGAUUUUGGCCGGAAAUAGCGUCCAUGUGGACAGACAGUAUUUGUGCAAAGAAAUGCCCAAAGUGACCAACUACCUCACGUACCGGAUCAUCGACGUGUCGUCGAUCAUGGAGAUGGCCAGAAGACACAACCCAACGGUCAACGAGUACACUCCAGACAAGAUCGGGGCACACACAGCAAGAAGCGACAUUCUCGAGAGCAUCAACCAGCUCAAGUACUACAGAGACGUGUAUCUGAAGGGCCCGGAGGAGGUGGAGUUUGGCACGCGCAAGAGAAGACGUCGUUAA